UUUUUUUUUCGUUUUUUGCUUUUUGCAAACUUUAUCAUGCAUUCUGGGAAAACUGUAGGGCGUAGAACUCGGACGACUUCAUAUCCGGACGGAGCAACGCCUCGUACAUCCGGCCGGGGGAGUUUACUAUGAGUAGGUACCGCACUUAGUUGAAGCCAACAACGCAUUCAUAUCAAAAAUGACGCAGACAACACGUCUCGGAGACUUGCCCCUCACAAUUGGAUGUGCAGCGGGCACACAGCCCCUACCAAGUUGGAUGCAAUCUGUCCGCCUAUGCCAACUAUUAUAAAAAUGGAAGUGCAGGUCCCAACUUUCCCUCUUCUUCUCCUCAGGCCCCCCAUUCAACAUCGCCCAUUUAACAGCUUAUCCCGCUUCAAACCCUACCUUAACGAAAGGAAAAAAGAGUAUCCCCAUAUUAAAGAUGUCCUCAAACGCCCAUACCAACACCGUCUAUGCCAUCACCGGCGCCAAUAGGGGCAUCGGCCUGGGGCUUGUGAAGACCUAUCUCUCCCGCCCUAACACCACAGUCAUAGGCAUGGUACGCAACAGCGCUGGCGCCAGCAUGCUUCGUGAAGCUACCUCUACUACUGCAGAAACCAGAGGCGCGAACAGCAUCCUCUAUACGGUCGAGCUCGACUUCUCCGACCCAACCAUCACGGAUUCGCCCGACAAAAUUCGCGAGCUAGUUCUUGCCGGUACAGAGAACGUACCGCACAUCAACACCCUCAUCCUCGCCGCUGCCAUGAAAACGCCCAUGGUGCCCACGCUCUCCAUCACCGCCGCGGAUCUGCGCACGUGCUUCCAGACCAACACAAUCGCGCCGCUGAUGGUGUUUCAGGCCCUGUGGCCGCUUCUAAGGGCGGCAGAGGGCCCGAAAAAGUUCAUCAUGAUUUCAUCCUCUGUAGCUUCGAUCGGGACCAUGGAGUCGCUCGUCGGCUCCGCGUAUGCUAUGAGCAAGGUGGCCAUGAAUUGGGCUACGAAGAGCUUGCAUGAGCAGAUUGUUGGCAAGGAUGGAGACGGUGAGGGGCUAGUGAGUGUUGUGGUUCAUCCGGGCUGGGUGUCGACGGACAUGGGAGUUGAGGCUGCGGGUGAGUGGGGGGUGAAUUAUAAGGAGAUGGUGGAGGCUGGGAUUAUGGUUAAUCUGGACAAGUCGAUCCAGGGGCUUGUAAAAGUUGUGGAUGGGGCGACGAGGAAGAACGAUGGAGGGAAGUUCAUUACGGGGAUUACAGGGUCUAGGAUGGAGCUGGCAUGGUGAUGCCGAGAGGUGCGAGGGAUGGAAGGGGCAAAUAUAUAAAUAUGACACGAUAUGACGGGGGAGAGCACGAAUAGGGAAAGUUGUCUUUCUUUUUACUGGUGUUAAGGGAGGUGGAGGGAAAAUAGCAUGUUUUGUUGCUCAGGUUCGAUAUUGAAUAUAGGGUAGAAAGGCUCAUUUGCCGUAAACGUAGUUACAUGUAGAUAUCAGGCAUAUGAGAUUGUACUCCGUAUAGUGGAGUAGACCUGGCUGCUCUCUACAAAAAGCGAUGUUUCCGAGCGUAAGAAUUAGGGACCUGUUCGGUGCGUGGUUGCUGUAGUCGUUCCUUAAUUCCUUUUAUACGGAAGUGGAUUCGUGAGUUAGGGCUAAUAAAAGUAACUAUCUAUCUCGAUUCGAUACUCGGAUAAAUAACUAUACGACGGAUAUUCGCCUUCGCCGGGUCCGGAUGACAUCAACAAGUCUCUGUGGCGCAAUUGGUUAGCGCGUUCGACUGUUAAUCGAGAGGUUGGAAGUUCGAGCCUUCCCAGGG